UAAACUAGGUGUCUUCUUUGACCAAGAUGUUAAUUUCUGCAUUACUUAUCUUCCAGGCUUGCUAAGAAGAUAAGAGAAGUGAAAUUACUUAGCUUUGAUUAGGGAUUGUGGUUUUUUUCUGUCACUCUGACCACACUCUACUAGAUUCUGACGACAGUUUUGCAUCAGGUUUUGGGGGAAAAAAAGAGAGAGAGAGGAAUUCACUCUCAGGGAUCUGUUAACCUCUAGAGUACUAGCCCUGCCCACACCGAGUAGGGAGGUCCUGCUUUUUCAACUUCUCCGUUGCUAAAUCUGUGACUCUUUGAGUGAAACCUAAGGAACUAUACCUGAAGAAGAAAAGCAAGACAUUUUUAAGAAGCAGUUUAAAAUUUCUCUUGCUGAUAAUGUGCUUUUUUCCUCCUGGCCUUCUUAGAAUCCACGAAGUAGAAGAAGCUUGCCUUUUUUUUUUUUUUUUUUUUUUUUUUUUUUUUUUUUUUUUAGUUUCACUUUCACGAUUGCAGCAGGAAAUCUAACAUGCUUCCCUGGUGAAAACGACUGGAUUUGGACUAAUGAAAAAAGGGAACAGUCAGCUGUUAGAGUACAUGAAGAGGAGGGAAUCAUGAGCCAGAGUUCGCCUUAUAUCUGUUCCUUUUUGGGGCUGUUGCCCUUUUGGAUACUGUGUACAUCCUCUACCAACAAAUGUGUUGUUAGGCACGAAGCAGCUGACUGCAGUCAUCUGAAGUUGACACAAGUGCCCGAUGACCUCCCAGCAAACAUAACGGUGUUGAAUCUCACCCAUAACCAGCUCGGAAGAUUACCACCUGACAACUUUACAAGAUAUAGCCAACUUACUACCUUGGAUGGAGGAUUUAACUCCAUCUCAAAACUGGAGCCAGAAUUGUGCCAAAAACUCCCCUUGUUGGAAAUUUUGAACCUCGAACACAAUGAACUAUCUCACCUUUCAGAGCGAACUUUUAUCUUCUGCGUGAAUUUGAUGGAACUCCAUCUAAGGUCCAAUUCAAUCCAGAAAAUUGAAAACGAUCCCUUCCAAAACCUGAAGAAUUUAAUCAAAUUAGAUCUAUCUCAUAAUGGUUUGUCAUCUACCAAAUUAGGAAGUCAGCUCCAACUGGAAAAUCUCCAAGAGCUCCUGUUAUCAAAUAAUAAAAUUAACAUCCUGAGACGUGAAGAACUGGAUUUCCUUGGCAAUUCUUCUUUGAAGAAAUUAGAAUUGUCAUCAAAUCCAGUUAAAGAGUUCUCUCCAGGGUGUUUUCAUGCAAUUGGAAAAUUAUUUGGCCUCUCUCUGAACAAUGCUCAACUGAACCCCAACCUCACAGAGCAGCUUUGUUUAGAACUGUCGAACACAAGCAUUCAGAAUCUAUCCCUGAGCAACACCCAGCUGUACAGAACGAGCAAUAUGACUUUCGUUGGGCUCAAGCACACAAAUCUCACCGUGCUCGAUCUUUCCCACAACAACUUAAAUGUGAUUGAUAAUGGUUCCUUCGUUUGGCUUCCACGUCUAGAAUAUUUCUUCCUGGGGUAUAAUAAUAUAGAACACUUAUUUUCUCACUCCUUGUAUGGGCUUCUCAGUGUGAGAUACUUGGAUUUGAGACGAUCUUUCACCAAACAAAGCACUGCCCUUACCUCGCGUCCCAAGAUCGAUGAUUUUUCCUUUCAGUGGCUAAAAUGUUUGGAGUAUCUUAACAUGGGAGACAACAACUUCCCAGGUAUAAAAAGCCAUAUGUUCACGGGACUGAUAAAGCUGAAACACUUGAGUCUAUCCGACUCCUUCACAAGCUUGCGAACUUUAACAAAUGAAACAUUUUUGUCACUUGCUCAGUCUCCUUUGGUCACGCUCAACCUAACCAAAAACAAAAUCUCAAAAAUAGAGAGUGGCGCUUUUUCUUGUCUGGGCCACCUUCAGGUACUCGACCUUGGCAUUAAUGAAAUUGGGCAAGAGCUCACAGGCCAAGAAUGGAGAGGUCUAGGAAAUAUCAUUGAAAUCUACCUUUCCUACAACAAAUACCUACAACUGACUCCUGGGUCUUUUGCCCUGGUUCCAAGCCUCCAACGCCUGAUGCUCCGCAGAGUGGCCCUGAGAAAUGUGGACACUUCUCCUUCACCAUUUCAUUCUCUUCGCAACUUGGUCAUUCUGGAUCUAAGCAACAACAAUAUAGCCAACAUAAAUGAGAAACUGUUGGAGGGUCUUGAGAAACUAGAAAUUCUGGAAUUGCAGCACAACAACUUAGCACGGCUAUGGAAACGUGCGAACCCUAGUGGUCCUGUUUAUUUUCUAAAGGGUCUUUCUCACCUCCACAUUCUUAACUUAGAGUCUAAUGGCUUUGAUGAGAUCCCAGCAGAGGUAUUCAAGGGCUUAUCUGAAUUAAAGAGCAUUGAUUUAGGAUUGAAUAAUUUAAACAUAUUUCCGCUAUCUGUCUUUGAUGAUCAGGCAUCUCUAAAGUCACUGAACCUUCAGAAGAAUCUCAUAACGUCAGUUGAGAAGGAUGUUUUUGGGCCAGCCUUCAGGAACCUGAGUAAUUUAGAUAUGAGCUUUAACCCAUUUGAUUGUACCUGUGAAAGUAUUGCCUGGUUUGUUAAUUGGAUUAAUAGUACCCAUACCAACAUCUCUGACCUGUCAAGCCAUUACCUCUGUAAUACUCCACCUCAAUAUCAUGGUUUCCCGGUGAUGCUUUUUGAUAUAUCAGCCUGCAAAGACAGUGCCCCCUUUGAACUCUUUUUCAUAAUAAAUACCAGUGUCCUUUUGAUUUUUAUCUUUACCGUAUUGCUCAUCCAUUUCGAAGGCUGGAGGAUAUCUUUUUAUUGGAAUGUUUCAGUGCAUCGAGUUCUUGGUUUCAAAGAAAUAGACAGACAGCCAGAGCAGUUUGAAUAUGCAGCAUAUAUAAUUCAUGCCUAUAAAGAUAGGGAUUGGGUCUGGGAGAACUUCUCUCCGAUGGAAGAAAAAGAUCAAACUCUCAGAUUUUGUCUCGAAGAAAGGGACUUUGAGGCAGGUGUCCUUGAACUUGAAUCAAUUGUUAAUAGCAUCAAAAGGAGCAGAAAAACUGUUUUCGUUAUAACACAGCAUCUAUUAAAAGAUCCAUUGUGUAAAAGAUUCAAGGUGCACCAGGCAGUUCAGCAAGCUGUGGAACAAAAUCUGGAUUCCAUUAUAUUGAUCUUUCUUGAGGAUAUUCCAGAUUAUAAACUGAACCAUGCACUCUGUUUGCGACGAGGGAUGUUUAAAUCUCACUGCAUCUUGAACUGGCCAGUUCAGAAAGAACGGGUAAAUGCCUUUCAUCAUAAAUUGCAAGUAGCCCUUGGAUCCAGAAAUUCAAUACAUUAAAUUUAUUUAAAGACUAAGUUAACAAAGGCGUGACUUUCCCCCACUUAAAGAGUUUCAUAGUAAAUUUAGGUUUUAUUUGAAAAUAAUAUAUAUCUGUUUAUUCAGACUUAGAGAGGUUUCUGAUAAUUAUAUUUGGAGUUUUUUUGGAUGCACUCAUAGGAAAAUAAGAGAUCAUUGUUUUAGUGGGUACAAUGCUAUUUCGACUGUAAAAGAGUAAAAUAUAUAUCCUAAUUUUUAAAAGCUUCAUCACAGGAUUUUUUUUUUUCAGUUAGAAAGCUUUUAUUUUAGUGGUGCCCACUUCAGUGUUGAUUUUGUUAAGUGUUAAAUUCCAUUUGAACCUACAGACGCAUGGUCAGGAAACGUUUGUAAUUCAUUUUCAUUACAUAGUUAAAAUACAUAUUUUAAUAAGUCCUUAUAUUUCCCUGAUACGUGGGUUUCUGCUGUAGGUGUUAGAAGAAACAAUUCUCUUACUUAAAAGUAUUACAGGAAACAAAAAAAGUAUUAUAGAAAGGCUCGCUUCCUGAAGGUUAAUUAGUAGAUUAGCUUUGUGGUUGUAAAAUAUUGUUUUCUCUUGGCCACAGACUCAGGAGAUGGUCCUGGUCGGAUCAUUUGGUCCUACUGGGACUCUUUGACUCCUGAUCUUGAAAAUUAUGGUGUUGAACAAAAUCUUUAAUAAUCCUAUAUAAUUAGCGAUGAUGACCAUGGUAUAAUACAUUCACGUGAAACGUAUCAUCAUGUCAUAAAAUAGUGUGCUGUGUAUACAUUAGUCCUUCUCUAGAAAGACUAUUAUUUAAAAUUUUAUUUUUGCUUUUACAAUGGAAAGAAUCUAAUUAUUGAAAAUAGACACGAAUAGCGUUUUAAAACAUUUAUAGUUCUGGUAUUCAAAUAAAGAGAGUGUUGAUAUCAUAAAGCUGGGUUAAUUUCUAUAUUAGAAGCACUGGUUUGGUAAAUUUAGGGAGAAUUUGAGCUGUCACAGUUUGGAACUUUGAUUAAAAUAGUAUUGUAUCCUCGGGGCUAAGUCCACAGAAUCCUGGAAAAAGUGAUACUCCCUGUACUGCCGGGUCUGAGUCUACAGUCUCUUGACAAUGUGAAUGUGUGGAGGACUCAUUUUCACUUCCGUGUUACACAGCAUCCUUGCACACGAGACGCUCGUUCGAUAGCGUUUUUGCUAAGGCGUGCUUUCCGCCUGUGAAAUAAUCUCGUUUUCUUUUGGCAUUGUAAAAUAAAAAUAAAAGAAAGAAAGAAAAGACAGAUUAAAUUAAACUUUUAUGAUGGCAAAAUAAAACCCACAGCCACAGUUUUUCCUGACGUGCUUUGUAUGUUAUUUAUGCCUCGAUAGUCCCAAUGUUAGUCCAAUAUUUCUAAGUAAUGGAUAUUCCAUUGGUCUACAAAAAGCAGGGCAGGAAGUAAUUUUGCUUUUAUCCCCUUAUUUGCUUAUAAGAUAGUUGAUCAAAUGGCCACAAUUUAAAUUGAGUUCAAGUGUAAUCUUUUAAAGUUGCUUAAUAUUUAAGAAGACACACAAGGGAUGACCCUUGAACUGAAUGCAAGUAAAGCUAAUCAACGGUGUAAGCCUUGACUUGUAUUUGGCCUACACAGGAAGAAACAUCCUGAACCUUCGGCAAGCUGUCCUUUAUAAUUGUUCUCUGGAGGAGUCCUUAUCCCUGGGGUUCAAAACAAGGGAAGUGCAGAAAAGGAUAUUUGUCUGACCUGUUUAACUUCCACAAGUGAAGUGACGUGUUUGAAAGCUCUCGGGGUACCAUCAUGUUAUCUGUUCACUCCAUCUCCUUCUUGCUGUUUUUCAAAACAAAUUCCAGCUGAAUCAACAUUGAGUUUAAAACAAAUCCGGGUGUUUAGAUUUUACCUAAAAAUGACACCUUUUUGAUUGUAAUAAGAAGUGAAUACUCUCACCUUGUUAGUGAGGAGGAGGGAUUUUGAAUGUCAUUUAUUUAACAAGCUCUUAAUUAUUCAGAUGUCUACCUUAGGUGAUUUGUAAAGGGGACUCCACAGUGAGUGAUGGUCACGAUGUGUAAAUCAAGAGUUUACAAAAUAUUUCUUGAAAUCUCGAGAGGCAGAAAGCAGACUAGUGGUGGUCUGGACCUGGGGAUGGGAAGGGGGAGUAAAUAAAGGUUGUGUAAGAGA